CGAGGACUCUCUCCGCUAAUCAUUCCGCUUUCUACUUCUGCUCCUUCCCUCUCUCAUUCACCACUUGGCUUUUCUCUUUAUUUGUUUGUCGCUCGCUGACAUCCAAUCUUGGACUUGGUACCGACCGCCGAACGAUUUGGGAAUUCGCCGGACAUUCGAGACAGCCUACCCAUUCAUCCGCCACAUGAUAGCUACGCGCGACUAGGACUCUCACUCCCCUUCCUCGCCUCUCCGCAGGCACUGCGCUGUCCCUCGCGCUCUCGCCGCGGCCAUGCGCUGCCAACUCCCCUUCUCCCUGCUGGCAUACGCGGCGUCGACGCUCCUCUCGGCAUCAGCCAGCAGUACCACCCGGAACCCCAUCGGAGCCAUUUCAACGAUCCAGAAUGCGACAAUCCACACUCCCAACCACCGAGUAACAGCGCUCCACGAAUUCGACCUCACAUUCGCUGUCCGUGACGAGUUGCAUGUACGAUUCCAUCUAGAACCCAACCACGAUAUCCUCCCCGAGGGCGCAACAAUAUCAUAUGUUGACGAAGAUGGCACGAUAUCUCGACAUGAAACAGUCGACAGGUUAGCGCAUAAAGUCUACCGCGGGACGGCAUGGAUACAGAAGUUGGGGAAUGAAGUAGAUGAGUGGAGGCAUGUUGGAUGGGCGAGAGCGUCGAUUGUGAAAGAUGGACGAGAACCUAUCUUUCAAGGAGCAUUUUCGAUAGAACGGGAUGCACACCAUGUUCAGACUGCAAGGAACUAUAUGCGAACAAGGCACUUGGACGAUCCUACCAUUGAAGUUGAGGACGCGAACGGCAUGGUGUUGUGGAGAGACUCGGACAUUCGGCGUGACUUCCAGGUCCUAGGACACCAGGAGUUGAAGCGCGAUGCUCUACCGGAGCCGGUAUGUCAGGCUGAUGCCUUGGGCUUCAAUACCAGAGGCGAUCACCCGGUGUACAUGGCCAUGAAGUCGAAGCGUUCAGAACAGCGUUACGGGAGGAUGGACUUCAGCCAUUUGUUCGGCAAGCGCCAGGAUCUCGAUGGAAUGACUGGUGGCAACAGUGCAGGAGGCAACCUGAUCGCCAGUCUUGGUUCGACUGCUGGAUGUCCUACAACACGCAAGGUCGCCUUGAUGGGUGUGGCCACGGACUGCACUUAUACCGGCGACUUCGAAGAUGAACAAGCUGCCCGAGAGAAUGUGAUCGACCAGGUCAACAGGGCGUCUGCCAUCUACGAGAACACCUUCAAUAUCUCGCUCGGACUACAGAACCUGACAGUGUUCCCUGCGAAUUGCCCUGGAACUCCGGUUGCUGCGUCCGAGUUCAAUCAGCAAUGCUCUGGUAGCGUCGACAUCUCGGAUCGUUUGAACAUGUUCUCCCGAUGGCGUGGCUCGCAAACCGACUCCAAUGCCUUCUGGACCCUGCUCAGCUCUUGUGGCACUGGAUCUGCUGUCGGACUUGCAUGGCUAGGACAAGCAUGUGUCGGUACCACAAUAACCACCAAUGGCAGUGUCACCGGUGAUGGCCAAUCAAAUAGUGGUGGACAAGAAUCCGUCACUGGCGCCAACGUUGUCAUCCGAACACAGGGUGCUUCUGAAUGGCAGAUUAUCGCUCACGAGGUUGGCCACACUUUCGGUGCCGUUCACGACUGCACUUCCAGCUCGUGUGCCAACGAGGAAUUCGUCCGAUCGCAACAAUGCUGCCCACUCGACGGAAACACCUGUCCUGCCGGAGGCCAAUACAUCAUGAACCCACAGACGACUCAGGGCGUCAACGAGUUCAGUCCUUGCUCUGUUGGCAAUAUUUGCAGCGCUCUGCUCCGUAAUUCUGUCAAUGGCGAGUGCUUGACGGACAAUAGAGGUGUCACUACGAUCUCGGGACAGCAAUGCGGUAACGGCAUCGUCGAGCCUGGCGAGGAUUGUGAUUGCGGGGGUGAAGAAGGAUGCAGAGACGAUCCAUGCUGCAAUCCGACCACCUGCAAGUUCACUUCAGGAUCUGUGUGCGAUGACUCCAACGAGGACUGUUGCCGCAACUGCCAGUUCGCUUCGGCGGGUACUGUCUGCCGGUCUAGCACUGGCCAGUGUGAUCCUGAGGAAACCUGUUCUGGCUCGUCAGCUACCUGUCCUGAGGACCAGACUCAGGAAGACGGCACCAGCUGUGGAGAUGGCUUGGAGUGCGCCAGUGGUCAAUGCACCAGUCGUAACCAGCAGUGCAGAACUGUCAUGGGCAGCUAUACUCAGAACAACGACACGUAUGCUUGUGACAGCCAAGGUUGUCUCAUUCGAUGUGCCAGUCCCGAAUUCGGAAGGAAUGUCUGUUACAGUCUGCAGCAGAACUUCAUUCCCGGCACGCCGUGUGGCGGUGGUGGUCGAUGUGCUCAAGCAGGCCAAUGCAGAGGCGCCACUACCGGCGGCCAAAUCAAAUCCUGGAUCGAAGACAACAAAGCCAUCGUCAUCGGCGUUGCCUCCGCAGUCGGUGGUCUCAUACUCUUCGCCGUCCUCGGUUGCCUCUACCGCUGCUGCAAACGCGGUGGCCGCAGAAGAAAGGCACCUGUCGCACCUCGACCACCUCCUGGAGGCUGGCAAGGCUGGAAUGGCCCCAACAACAACCGAGGCGGUCCUCCUAUGCAGCACCAAAACAGCUUCUACGCUCCUUCUUCGCAUCCGAGUCAAGGCUGGGCGACUUCAAAUCAGAAUGCUGGUGGCUGGGAUGCGCCUCCUGUUCCGCCUCCGCCCGCUUAUCAUCAAGCUGGGUCGCCGCCUCCUCCUAUGCAUGAUCAAAGGAGUAAUAGUGUGCGGUAUGCUUAGAUGAGAUGGCCUCGUCGGCCUUGUUUGCAUUGGACGAGGAAGAAUUCUGGAUUUUUGCUUGCAUCUUGCAUUUUUUUGGCACACCUGAAUCAGGUCCCAUACCACACAGUCUUCACGAAGUUUACGGCCACCGAUUGGGAAGAAAACCCCAUAUCGAUCUUGCAUAGUUUUUGUUUCUGCUUUUGUUUUUGCUUUUGUAGUGUUGGCGGAAAGAGCUUCAUUGAGCAGAAGAGACGUUUGACAUCCUUGAACAGGAAGAGAGUCGUUGUUGCCGUUGUUGCCGUUGUUGGAAAGAAAAUCAAAGCGAGCUCAGUCGAGAUGAGGGGAUCGCAGAAUCGGUCAUUUUAUUACCAGAGAGAUAAAGGCUUCAGGUGUACAUAUUUAUAUUGUUGCAUUGCAGCAUGUGAAGCGGAGAAGCAAUAGAGAGAAAAGGUGCUUGUGCAGGAUUUGACCGGAUCGUGCAGUGGGAUAUAGGAUAGCGGUGAAUGAAGAAAGUGUUUGAGACAUUUAGAAAAGAAGAAGAGUUCUGUGUGAAACAUAUAUGUGGCCGCCUACGCACACGCGUGUGGUCCCGAAGGUGGUCGAGAGGAACAGGACAGGCACGCGUUGCAGCACGAACGGGUGCAUAAGGCAACCAGGCA